ACUAAAGCUUGGGUUCUCAAGGACCCCAACGUCGACAGCUUCGAGGACGAGCGAGCGAUGGCGCAGACGGAGCUCGCCCUGCCCAGCGGCCGAUUGCAGCGCUGCGCUCUCGCGGUGCUGCUGCUGUUUCUGGGGAAUGUCGCGUGUGGCGCCGAGGCUCUCCGAAGGCCUCCAUCGCUGCGAUCUCGACCUCGGCCUGCGCAGAUCCGUGUGGGAGGGGCGACGUGGACGCAGAGCUAUUCGUGGGAGACGAGGUGGUACGAGCAGAGGCUGGACCAUUUCAGUUCGAGAAACGCCACCUUCCAGCAGAAGUUUCUGCUGCGAGCCCAGGAAUGGGGCGGGGCGGAGUCGAAGGCCCCGAUUUUCUUGUACUGUGGCAACGAAGGGAACAUCGAGUGGUUCGCCGAGAACACAGGGUUUCUGUUCGACAUAGCUCCCCGUUACAAAGCUCUGCUCGUGUUCCCGGAGCACAGGUAUUAUGGCGAAUCCAUGCCGUUCGGAAGUCAGCAAGCAGCUUACAAGGACGCCGACUCUCUGGCUUAUCUGAACACUGAGCAAGCUCUGGGCGACUUCGUCACUCUCAUCACGGAUCUGAAGCGUAACCUGUCAGCUGAAGCUUGCCCCGUGGUGCUGUUCGGUGGAUCCUAUGGAGGCAUGUUGGCUGCAUGGAUGCGGCUCAAGUAUCCCCACAUUGCAAUCGGAGCCCUCUCGUCGUCUGCUCCGAUUUUGCAGUUCGAGGAUGUGGCAUCGCCCUACUCCUUCACCGACACAGUGAGUGCCAAUUUCAAGGCCGCCAGCGAGUCAUGCUACCAAACCAUCAGGGACUCGUGGACUUUGAUGGAACGGUUGGGUUCAACAAAGGAAGGGCUGCGUAAGUUGAGCAGCCAGUUCCACAUGUGCACUGAUCUGCAUGAUUCGGGUGAACUGGGCGCCUGGACUGACAAUGCUUAUGCGUAUGUUUCCAUGGUAAAUUACCCUUAUCCGUCAUCAUUCCUGCAGAAUUUGCCAGCCUACCCUAUCAACGAGAUGUGUAAGGCAAUGGAUUCGAUUCCUGAGUCGGAUGCCAUGGCCAGGAUUUUUGCAGCGAUGGAUGUGUACUACAAUUACACGGGAGAUCUGGCGUGCUUCGACAUUUAUGACGAUCCUCACGGCAUGAGUGGUUGGGACUGGCAAGCUUGUACGGAGAUGGUUAUGCCUCAGAGUAACCGGAAUACGAGCAUGUACUUGCCUUUCGAGUGGAAUUUCGAGGACUUCGCCUACUGGUGCGAGAAGAACUAUGGGGUGAGACCGCGAUCUCACUGGAUUGUGGAGGAAUUCGGUGGCCAUGAUAUAGAGGCCGUCUUGAAGAGGUUUGGUAGCAACAUUGUCUUCUCGAAUGGAUUGGUUGAUCCGUGGAGUGGAGGCGGUGUCCUGAAGAACAUAUCUGAUUCGAUUGUGGCUCUGGUCACCGCCGAGGGAGCACAUCAUUUAGACCUCCGGGCAAUUCAGCCUGAAGUCGACCCUCAGUGGUUAGUUGACCAGCGAAAUGCGGAAUUACAACAUAUCGACAGGUGGCUGCUUGAGUUCUACGCGGACAGGGAUGAUGGGCAUGCGGAACAGGCUUGACGGAACUUCUGUGAAACUUCGGGCCGCUUGGUCAGCAACAAGCAAUAAGCGCUUUCCGUGGUUUCCGGUCAAUCUCAGAGGUCACUCUUGUACACCAUGCUCUGCGAUGACAAGCAAAAGAACAGGUGGCAAAGUUGAGGCUCUGCUUCCUUGUACAGAUUGGCAACAACGCAUCGGUGCACAUCAAUUUGAGCUGUGUGUGACAAAGAUGGGUUGAAAUAUGGUAGCAUCCUCACCAAUAAUUAUAAGUUGUAUUAAAAUUCAGUUUCGAUCUUGCGAUAUACAAUGAGCCGUAGACACUUCUCAAAUGUGUCUGUGAAACGUCUUGGUUGUGAACAUCCCUCUAGGGUCACAGCUGUCAGCUACGCGUGCUCAGAUUAACUGCAACCUCUGUGACUAUAUUACAUACCCAAUUACCUGUACAUUGAUUUGCAAUGGGCAAUUACAUCGGAAUUUCCUUAAGACCUAAUAUCUAAAAUUCCCAGCGCUCAAGCUGAACUUCGGCUUCCGACAGAUCCUUCUGUGCUUUCUUUCUGCGGUAGAAGAUAGGGCAGUCCCGGCUGUCACAGAAGAGAGUCAGUUAUUGACUUCCAUACAGGGUCAGCUUGCAGUAGGUACAAGAAGAAGCAUACACUAUGAUGGAAAACAUUCACUGUCGGAGAUGGUAGUGGUUGCCUCCUUCAGUCGGUAGAUGAAUACAGCAGGGCUAGUUACGUCAAACACGUACCAGAGAAUGCAUGAGGUUUCGAAACUUGGUUAAGGCUUUACCUCGUGCACAGAACAUCUUGAUGGAGAGAUCCUUGGCACCGUUGGCACUGAGUCCAUAAACUGUUGAAAAGCUGCUCCAGCUCCCUAACUAAAACACGUUGAAUUGUG